CCUCCUCCUCCUCCUCCCUCCCCGCCUGCAUCAGCCGGCAGGCAGCUGAAGUGACAGCAGGGAUACGGUAUCACACGGAGCGAGCCUCGAGAAGCUGACAAAAAAACUAAAACUUCAUUUGGAAAGUAGGCGGAUGUCGACGGAGGUCGGGAGAAAGGAUUAGAGGCAAACGGAGGAAGAAGAAGAAGAAGCGUGUGUGUGUGUGUGUUUUAAAUGUGUGUGUGUGUUGUUGAUGCAAUGGGAUUUGCUACUUUCGUAUGAAGAGGCGGACCUAUGAGACGUUCAAUAUGCUGAAGCUGUCCCCGGUGUUUGUAUACUGUACGUGGAAGUACAGGGACUGUUUUCUUCCAACUCACAGGCCUACGUGAGGAUUUAACACAACUAUUAUUAUUUUUCAUUUUUUUGAUUUUUUGAUUUUUUUUUUUUUUUUUUUUUGGGGCGGAUAUCCACGGUAGAAACAUAUUUUUGUUGUUGUUGUUGUUGUUGUCUGUGUGUGUGUGUUUCUGCAGGGAAUUCCUCCACAGAGCAUGUGUGUUUUCUUUUUUUAAUAAUAAUAAUAUUUAAGAAUAAAAUCCGAUAUGGGGCUUGUAGCUUGCAGUGAUCACACAGCCUUUAAAACAUAUUAGUUUAUUAUUAUUAUCAUUAUUAUUAUUAUUAUUAUUAAAGUAGAAGGUGGGGGGUCUUCUUUCAAACUAGUUGGACCCACCAUGAACUAUUAUCUUACCGUGAGGUUCUUGAUCACUGCCCUCCUCUUGUAGCUGCGGGAUUUUUUUUUUUUUUAAGUUGCUGCAUUUUGUCCAGGUGACACUUCUGCUUUAAAAAAAAAAAAAAAAGACCUGAUUAUAUAUUUAUUUUCUGGAUUUUUUUUGUUGCUGUGUGACAUUAUAUCUUUCGGGAUUCCCCCACCACCACCACCACAGCCUUCCCUCCUCCAUCCUCUCUACCACCUCCAUCCUCUCCUCUGUAUCAUUAUCCCCACACGGAUACGCAUUCAAUUUUUUUUUUUUUUUUUAGAUUUUUAUUUUUUUUUAAAUUUUUUUUUUUGUGUCCACCAUGAGUUACAUCCACAAGGUAUUGAAUGUAUUGCUACGUGGACUCGUCAUCUAUGCGGUACUGGGCUUGGAGUGCACUUACUCGAAUGAUCUACCCAGCCAGACAUCUGAUGCUGCAAAUGUAGCCACCACAGAUCCUUGUCUUAUAGUGAUGCCGCCAUGCAUAGGCGAGGCAGACCGCUUCAGUCUGGAGGCGCUGCGGCACAUCCACAAACAGCUGGAUGACGACAACGAUGGGGGAAUAGAGGUCAACGAGAGUGUGGAGUUUAUAAUAGAAGACAUGAAGCAGCAGCAAACCAACAAACACAGCAAUCUGCACCGCGAAGACCAGCACAUCACUGUGGAGGAGCUGUGGAAGGGCUGGAAGAACUCCGAAGUCCACAACUGGACCACGGAGGACUCGGUGCAGUGGCUGAAGGAGUCGGUGGAGCUGCCGCAGUAUGAGAAGAACUUCAGGGACUUCCGGGUCACGGGGAACACCUUACCUCGAAUAGCGGCAAAUGAACCGUCGUUUAUGACGAUGCAGCUAAAGAUAUUAGACCCGCGGCAUAAACAAAAGCUAAACCUAAAGGCGCUGGACGCAGUGCUGUUUGGCCCUCCUCUCCGUCCACAACAUAACUGGAUGAAAGACUUUGUCCUGAUGGUCUCCAUAGUGAUUGGCGUCGGUGGCUGCUGGUUUGCGUACGUGCAGAACAAGUCCAGCAAGGUGCACAUCUCCCAGAUGAUGAAGGAUCUGGAGAGCCUGCAGAAUGCCGAGCAAAGCCUCUUAGACCUGCAGAGCCGGCUUGAAAAAGCUCAGGAGGAGAACCGGACCGUGGCCGUGGAGAAGCAGAACCUCGAGCAGAAGAUGAGGGACGAGAUCACCGGCGCCAAAACGGAGGCUCACAGGCUUCGAGAGCUGCGAGAGGGCGCCGAAUGCGAACUCAGCCGACUCAAAUACGCCGAGGAGGAGUUAGUACAGGUCCGAAAGGCUCUGAAGCGAGCGGAGAAAGAGAUGCAGACGGAGCGGUCGGUGCCCGAAGCUCUUCAGAAGUGGCUCCAGCUCACGCACGAGGUGGAGGUCCAGUACUACAACAUCAAGAAACAGAGCGCUGAGUUUCAGCUGUGCGUCGCCAAAGACGAGGCAGAGAAAAUAAAAAAGAAAAGAAGUUCUGUGUUUGGAACUCUUCACGUAGCCCACAGUUCGUCGCUGGAUGAGGUGGACCACAAGAUACUAGAAGCAAAGAAAGCCCUGUCAGAGGUAACAGCGUGUCUGAGAGAGCGGCUGCACCGCUGGCAACAGAUCGAGAAGCUUUGCAACUUCCCCGUCGUCAAUAACUCGGGGCUGCCGAGCCUGACGGCCAGCCUCUACUCAGACCACAGCUGGGUGGUCAUGCCGCGGGUAUCGGUGCCUCCUUACCCCAUCGCAGGUGGAGUGGAUGACCUGGACGAGGACACGCCUCCCAUCAUUCCGCAGUUCACAACGUCCACGUUGAUCCGGCCUUCGUUGAACCGCAGCAGCAGCCUGUGUCGUUCCCGCCGGAGCCUGAUGAGCUCCCCACAGUCCUCGCUGAUGUCCCCAGACCCGGACCUGCUGUCCAUGGCCAGCUCUUCCCUCUCCUAUCACCCCGAGGCAGACGACGAACAUAUCAUGUUCAGCUCGGAUAGGAGGGGGUAUGUAGCGGUGGCCGGAACGCCGCGGAAUGGUUUUACAGUUUGGACUCACAGGGAACCGGUUCAGGAGGGCGGCUCUGACACAGACUCUAUCAACUCCUCCAUGGGCCGCAAGCAGCUGCACAACCCCUGCACGCCAGGCUCGGACACCCCGUUCCGCAAGAUCUCCCGCGAGGAGCUGCUGCUGUUCAGCCAGAGCCCGGAGCUUCCGGCGUCCACCGCCUCCACCACCCACACCACCAGCAGCAGCAGCAGCAGCAGUCUCAGGGACUCCACACCUCCCCCUCUGCCUCCCACUCCAGCCACCACCCCCUCCGGUCCGCCCUCCACCUCGCCCUCCCCGGCCUUGGAGCACCACCCGUUUGCACACAGAGGCUCGCCCGACCUCACCCGCAUCAUACCGGAGUCCCAAAGCGCAACCUUCACGCAGGGGGGCGUCACCUCUCCGACAGGCAAGGGCAUGUACAACGGCAUCCUGGAGAAGUCCUACAGCUUCGGCCAGCUGCCGGCGAGCAUGCUGCCCAACGUGGGGCGUUACCCGUCUCUUACCUCCCUGGACUCGGAGGGCCGGAGCAUGGGAAGGGAAUACAAGCUCCAAAGCACCUCCUCCCAGGACUCCAGCGACAAUGGAGAGAAAAUCAAGCGCUCCUCAUCUAAAAUCAAAAGCUUAUUUAAGAAGAAAAAAUAAAACUUGCAGAGUGAGAUAGUGUGUGAGAGAGAGAGAAAUAAAAUAUAAAGUUGUUUUAGCCCUAAUACAAAAACAAAAAAAGGACAUCGCUGUAAGCUAAAACAUUUCAUUUUCUCUCGUGUUUUGUUUUUUUUGUUGUCGAAGAUGGAAUGUAGCUCAGUCUGGGUGCCUUUAAACGCCUCAGACUGGUAGCCUUAUUUUUCAAUAAUGCCUUUUUAUUUAGUUCACUCAUAGCCUCACAGGGAAACCUGCGAAAGGUCAAAGGAAAAGUCAGCGAAAGGUCAAAAGGUCAUGACAGUUGUCAUCCAGACAGCCGAAACACGUGACCUGUUCACUGUCUUCUGUUCGUUUCGGUUUGAACCCCAAAAAAAAGAAAAAGCCACUAUGUGUAAAAGGGUCUAAAGGUGCAGUCCAUAAAUUAUAAGCACACCUCGUGCAGAAUGAUGUUCCUGCUUUCUGUCGUGAAUAUCACCGAUUUCUUAAAACAUCAUUUUGGCAAUUUCUCUCCCAAAGCGUCAGAACUACUUCCCCGCCCCUCCGCCCUCUUUCAAAUUAUGGAUUGCAUCUUGCGAAGUCUUUGAGUCCUAAACUCCUAUACUUGAUUAAUUUCCUUUAAAAAAAAAAAAAAAAAAUCCUGCUAAAAGUUUGUUGCACUACUGCUUUCCUGGUAUUUUGGGAAAGAGCCGCUGCUUGCGGAGUACAUAUUAAAUAAAGAGAAAAGAGACAAAUACAUGGGCAGCGGCAGUGGAGGUGCAGCACAUAAUGCCAGAGCCAAAAUUAUCUGAUGCGUCUUCAGUGCCGCUGCUUAUGGAUGUCUCAAUAUAUAUAAAUAUAAUAUAUAUGCAUAUGCAGUGCUGUGCAGAUGUUUUAGGUAGGUGUGAAAAAUGCUUUAAACUAAGAAUGCUUUCAGAAAUAUAAAUAAUAAUUAUUUAUUUCUAUCAAUAUACAAAAUGCAAAGUGAGCGAACAAAAGAAAACUCUUAAUUUGAAUGUUUGGUGUUACUACCCUUUGCCUUCAAACCAGCAUCAAUUCUUACAGGUGCACUUGCACAAAGUCAGGAUAUUUGUAGGAUUAUAGUUAUUAUGGGUGUAUGAUCACAUGGUCACAGCUUAAAACCAGGUGAGGAACAGCCAAACUCUGCUAACAAGGUGAGGUUGCGGAAGACAGUUUCAUGUCACAGGUCAUACACCACGGCAAGGCUGAGCACAGCAACAAGACAGAAGGUAGUUGUAUUGCGUCAGCGAGAUCUCUCGCAGACAACGACUGGGGUUUCAAGAUGUGCUGUUGAAGCUCUUCGUAGAUUGUAGACGCAGUUGUUGGUCAAGGAAACUCGUCUUGCAGUGCCAUCAGCCUAGAACUGUCAGAAACCAGUAGGACACAACUACACCCGGCUACUGUCUGGAGAAGUCUGGUCUCCAGAAGUGGUCUUCAUGGAAGAGUUACAGCCAGAAAGCCAAAUAAUUAAUGUCUACAGGCAACAGGUGAAGCAUGGUGGAGGUUCCUUGCAAGUUUAGGGCUCCAUUUCUGCAAAUGGAGUUGGAGAUUUGGUCAGGAUUAACGGUGUCCGAUACUUAUCCAUUAUGUAAUACAAUCGGGGAGGUGUAUGAUCAUCCCUGAAUUUAUUCAGCAGCAGGACAAUGACCCAGCCAACAUCUUUAAGAACUAUCUACAGCGUGAAGAAGAGCAAGAAGUCUUGGAAGUGGUGAUCCCAACAUCAUCGAGCUUGUCUGGGGUUACAUAAAGAGUUUGUAUGAUUUGAGGAAGCCGACAUCCACUGAAGAUCUGUGGUUAGUUCUCCAAGAUGUUUGGAACAACCUAGCAGCCAGUAUACCUAGAAAAACUGAUGCUAGUUUGAAGGCAAAGGGCGAUCACACCGAAUAUUGAUUUGAUUUAGAUUCCUCGUCUGUUCGUUCACUGCAUUUUGUCGAAUGAUGACACUUGUUAGAAAGCAUUCUUAGUUGACAUCAUGUUUUCACACCUGCCUUAUAACUUUUGCACUGUACUGUAUAUACUUUGUUUUCACAUUAUUAUGUUCUUAUAGAUGUUUUUAAAUAGAUUUAUAUUGGUGGGGGUUCCUAUGAACUGAUCUUUAUUGAAGAAAGUUUAUUGAAUAUGCAGACUUAACCCGCACCGGCCAUUUUCCCUGUAAUCUAGCUGUCCCUUAUUACUUGAUUAACUGUGUCCUGUAGCCAUACCGACAUACCAUUUCCAUUUUUUUUUCUCCUCGGUACCCUGUCACUCUUGUCACUCUUGUCACUGCCAGAUUUAGGUCAAAUUGUCUGCAAAUAAUUCCUUCUGUGGUUGGAGUGCCAUAUUAAUGCCGCAUUUAAGGAAACACAAGCGCCAGGAAGUGUAGGCCAGACAUCUGAUUCUGCUGUACUGUGACGACUUGGCCUCGAACAUCUGUGUUUCCAGGCUUCUUAAAGACAAACACUAAGGAUUAUCUGUUCGAAGUAAAUAAAUAAAUAAAAAGGAACUAUUUGAUCCAGAUCUGAUCGAUACACCAAGACCUGCUCCCUUAACCCCAACCUACCCACACCACCCCAUCACCGCACACACUAAGCUCGAAGCCGACCCAUGCAAUACGGUCCUGUUCCUCACAUCUGGGCCCGCGCCGAGCGCACUGAUGUCAAGAGCUCCUGCUUCACACUGUGAUUUCUGCCUUCUUCCCUUCAUCCUGAACCUGGCUGUCACUGCUGCAAUUUAAACACGACGGGUCAUGUGACCGUGACGGAGGCGACGUGAUGAAAUGUCAGAGGGGGCGGGGGUGAUGCCGUGUACGAGGUGUGUCUUGGUGACAGGAUGACACAAUGACGCAAGGAUCCAGUGUUCAUAUAUAUAGAUAUAUAUAUGGCAAUACAGUGGCAAUACAGCGCACAAUGAAGGAAAUUGAAGACAGAGCUGCGAGGCGAGGAGAAAAUGAAUGUUUACGAGACAUUAGGGGUUUUUUGAGAACAUUUUGUGUGUGAAUAUUUGUAUACUGUAGAAGAAUUAAUAAAAAAAUGGAGGCAU